AUGGGGCACAAUAAUCCCCAGGGUUCAAGGAAAAGGAGACAGAGUUCCGAAUUUAGGCCCGAGUUGUCUGUCAGCAUGAACUCGUUUCCUGAAGGCUCUUUGAUUCCAGACUACAGAGAACCAGAGCGUCCACUCAGCCAUGGGAAGUACCACGCCAGCCUGAAGACCCUGAUUCCGGUCCGCUGCAGCUCAGGCUCGAACCCCAUGGAUGAUGCUGGAUUCUUCUCCUUCACCUCUUUCCUAUGGAUGACACCCAUGAUGUGGAAGUUGUUCAGGAAUCGUCUGGAUAAAAGCUCUCUCAGUCUUUCUCCUCAUGAUGGAAUGCACAUAAAUGGAGACAGGUUGUCCAGGCUGUGGGAGGAUGAGGUGGGGCGUGUGGGCAUUGAGAAAGCAUCCCUCUCCUCGGUAGUGAUGCGUUUCCAGAGGACACGCCUUAUAAUGUCUUGUCUCGUCAACAUUCUGUUCUCAUUAGCUAUAUUUAUUGGACCGUCUAUUCUGGUGAACGCGAUCCUGACGUAUGUGGAGCAGCCCAACGGGUCCACACUGGUGUACGGCAUUGGCCUGUGUGUGGCGCUGUUCACCUCGGAGUUCUGUAAAGCUUUCUUUAGUUCACUCAUGUGGGCCAUAAAUUUGCGCACCGCCGUCCGAUUGAAAGGAGCCGUCACCAUUCUCGCCUUCCGGAAAAUCAUCAUGCUCCGCACGCUCAGCGAUGUCACUGUAGGAGAGAUGAUCAACGUAUUGACGAGUGAUGGUUAUCGUAUGUUCGAGGCAGUGGUUUUUGGCACGUUCCUACUGUGUGUCCCUUUUUUGCUGGUUGUGUGCAUUAUUUAUUCGUGCUACAUCUUGGGCUACACUGCGCUCAUAGGAGUUGCUAUUUAUCUCAUCUUUUUACCUGUCCAGUUCUUCGUCGGCCUGCUGAUCAGAAUGUUUCGGAAAAAGGCCAUCUCUGUGACAGACCAACGCGUUCGCACCACAAACGAAGUCUUGACCUGCAUCAAACUCAUUAAGAUGUAUGCAUGGGAGGAGUCUUUUGAAAAGAAAAUCACAGGUAUCAGGAAGAAAGAGAAGUUGCUUUUAGAGAAAGCAGGAUAUACUCAGAGUGUGAACACCUCCUUAACAGCUAUAGUCCCCGUUCUGGCUACGAUCUUUACCUUCAUCACUCACACAGCACUCGGCUUACCUCUGCAGCCCUCUACUGCAUACACCGUUAUUGCUGUCUUUAACUCCAUGCGGCUAACGAUAGGUCUCCUGCCGUUCUCUGUCAAGGCACUGGCUGAAGCAAAAGUGGCUCUGACACGAAUAAAGAGGAUCCUGAUAAUAAAGAAUCCCGACUCAUAUUUGACCCAGGACAAAAACUUGAGUGCUGCUUUGGUGAUGAAUAAAGCUACGUUCUCCUGGAGUUCCUCUCCUCCAAACGGCCCUGAGAGCUCAGCAACUGUGGCCAGUGGGGUGAAGAAUGGAAAAGCAGAGCCUGUGGAGGUCACUCAGAACGGCACACACACAGAAGAUAGCAAGCCAACACUAAGGAACAUCACGUUUACUCUUCCCAAGGGAAAUUUGCUUGGAAUUUGUGGCAAUGUUGGAAGUGGAAAAACCUCGCUGAUAUCAAGCAUACUGGAGCAGAUGCAUAUUCAGAAUGGAUCAGUCUCAGUAAAUGGAACGUUAUCGUACGUUUCUCAACAAGCCUGGAUCUUUCAUGGAACUGUCCAAGAUAAUAUUUUAAUGGGAGAACCUUUUGACGAAGCGAGGUAUAACCGCGUUAUCCACGCCUGCAGCCUGAAGUCAGAUCUCGCUAUUCUUCCAUAUGGUGACCAGACGGAGAUCGGAGAGCGUGGUCUGAACUUAUCAGGUGGUCAGAAGCAGAGAAUCAGCCUUGCAAGGGCGGUCUACUCCAACCGAGACAUCGUACUGUUGGACGACCCUUUGUCGGCGGUUGACGCCCAUGUGGGCAAGCACAUCUUUGAGGAGUGCAUCAAAAAAGAGCUGAAGGGCAAGACCGUGAUCCUGGUCACACAUCAGCUUCAGUAUUUGGAGUUCUGUGAUGAGGUCUUGCUUUUGGAGAAUGGGAAGAUUAAGGAAGCCGGAAUGCACAAAGCGCUGAUGAAAGCAAAAGGUCGAUAUGCACAUCUCAUCAACAACUAUCAGAUGGAACAGAGUGAGGAGAAACAGGAGGAAGCCCCGGUGAGCCCCUCUGCUUCCAGUGAGCACAGCCAACAAGGCCAAGAACAGUUCCAAUCCAAAAGUGGAGAAAUUGUAAACCCAGCCUUCGACAUGUCUGAUGAGAAAAUUACACCAGGUGACUCAGCACCCACGACUCAGGGAACUAAAGAGGGUAAAGAUCAGCUCGUCACUCAGGAGGGGUCUCAGGAAGGAUCAGUUUCUUUCAGAACUUACCACCAGUACUGCCGUGCUGCUGGAGGUUACUUUCUGCUGUUUUUUGUGAUGAUAUUCUUCAUCAUUCUGGUUGGACUGACUGCCUUCAGCAACUGGUGGCUCAGUUACUGGCUAAGUCAAGGCUCUGGGCUUUUGAAUGAAACAGAUCCCAACUUGAACACUGGUGACAUCUCCCAAAAUCCCGAUCUGAAAUUCUAUCAGCUGAUAUAUGGCUUGACCGUAGUGGCCAUGGUGGUGCUGAGCGUCCUGAAGGGUUACAGUUUUACUAAAGUGACACUGCACGCAUCCUCGAAACUGCACGACACCAUGUUCAAGAGGAUCCUGGCCAGUCCCAUGAGCUUCUUCGAUACAACCCCUACCGGCCGCAUGGUGAACCGCUUCAGCAAAGAUCAGGACGAGAUCGACGCCAUCCUGCCAUUCAACAUGGAGAACUUCUUGCAGUUCUGCCUUAUGGUCACCACCAUUGUCUUAACCGUGUGCGUCGUCUUUCCCUACCUCCUCAUCGCUGUGGCUAUAGUGGGAGCCAUCUUUACUGUCAUCCUCUACAUAUUCCAGAGGAGCAUUCGGGAGAUGAAGCGGAUGGAGAAUGUGAGUCGCUCUCCCUGCAUCUCUCUCACGACCUCCAUCAUCCAGGGCCUCAGCACCAUCCACGCCUAUGAGAAACAAGCACAGUACAUACAAAAGUUUAAAAUAAUAGGCGACCAUAACUCGAAUCACUUCCUGUUGUUUAACUGUGGAACACGUUGGCUGUCCUUCUGGCUCGACUUCAUGUCUGCCGUCGUUUCUCUGACAGUGGCGCUGUUUGUCAUACUCAGCCCCAGUGAGGUCAUCGGUCCUUCACUCAAGGGUCUGGCCUUAUCAUAUACCAUACAGUUGACAGGCAUGCUACAGUACGUCGUGAAGCUCUCAACAGAAGUGGAGGCGAAGUUUACCUCAGUGGAAAGACUACAGGAGUACAUCACGGGCUGUGUAUCUGAAGCACCGCGCAAGUUGAAAGGUGUGAACAUCCCUUCAGACUGGCCACAGGAUGGCGGUAUCACCUUUAAAAACUACAGCAUGAGGUACAGAGAGAACACACCAAUUGUGCUCAAUCAGCUCGACCUCACAAUCAAACCACGAGAGAAACUCGGCAUCGUGGGGCGUACCGGCUCAGGUAAAUCGUCACUGGGUGUGGCUCUGUUCCGCUUGGUGGAGCCAGCAGAGGGCACUAUUCUGAUCGACAAUCUGGACAUCUGCACUUUGGGCCUGCAGGACCUUCGCAGUCAGCUGUCCACCAUCCCACAGGACCCAGUCCUUUUCAUCGGAACUAUCAGGUAUAACCUCGACCCAUUUAAUAAACACACAGAUGAGGAGCUCUGGAUAGCUCUGGAGAAAACAUACAUUAAAGAUGCAAUCUCUAGUUUGCCACAGAAGCUGGACUCAGUGGUCGUGGAGAAUGGAGAGAACUUUUCUGUCGGAGAGAGACAGCUCCUGUGCAUGGCCAGAGCACUGCUUCGCAAUUCGAAAAUCAUUCUGCUGGACGAGGCGACAGCGUCUAUAGACUCUGAGACAGACAGUCUGAUCCAGCACACCAUCAGAGACGCCUUCCAUCACUGCACCAUGCUCACUAUAGCGCACCGCAUCAACACCGUGCUCGAGUGUGACCGCAUCCUCGUCAUGGACAAGGGCAAGGUUGUUGAAUUUGAUCGGCCGCAGGAUCUCAUGCAAAAACCAGACUCUGCCUUUGCGUCACUCUUAGCAGCAGCCAACAGCGUCAAGUCUUGA